AUGGGCUCGCCUCAUCCUUCACCUACUCUUCCGCCUCUACUCCCACUUCAGCCCCCAACAUCGUACUACCCAAAUCGCCGCAAGGUGACCCUAUGCAUGCAAGAAGAAAAGAAAAACCACACUAGCCUCAUUCACGGGAGGCGUACAAAAGCCGAACGAGUCCAAGCGCCAGUCAGGCCAGCCGUGGUGCUGCAGCAACAACAACAACAGCAUUCCCAUAUCGAUGAUGAUGACGCUGGAUGGAGCCUCGUAUCUGCGCUAGAUCCAUUCCCCUUCCCCCCCUCCCUCCCCAGUACUUCCGCUGUCUUCUCCGUUCCUCCCCGUCUCCGUCCUCCCCGUCCCUCCCUUAUUCCUCUCUUUCCCCUCCCUUCUGGCCCCUGCAAAACUCGGACCAUCCCACCCUUGAGUAACGAUGAUGAGGAUGAUGAUGAUGAUGAUGGAACAGCCGCCGCAGCCCUUUGA